AUGAAUUUUGUUACCCUUCAUGUUCAAAUGAGACUCCUUCUCCAUAGGAGGCUAGCACUUCCACGAGAAUCAAAACUGUUUAGACCGCAAACAUCGUUAUCCUCGUUCAAAAGACAUGUUUCCCAAAAGCCACGCCCUAUACAAAAAUGCUCGAGAAAAUACGCACGUAUACUUCUGCUGUCAGUUUUGGUACCCUAUACAGGAUAUGCGUUUUAUGUGUCCUUAGCUACAGUGAAGCAGAUCGAUUUAAGAAAUGAAAUGUGUCAAAGGUUAGAGGAUAAGAGUAACGAGGUCACUUAUAAGGGGUCCUUGUUAAAAUACAGUCCUUUGGAAGUUUUGGGUAGAUUUGAAAACCCAUUCGAAGAAUAUAGAAUUCAGACCGUUUUUGAAUUCUUCGCGAAUAGAGUGUUCGAAUUAUUUGAAAGAAAUAGGGGAGGUAUUCCGCCUGAUGUACAUCAAAUGAAUAAAUUAAUGCCCAUCCACAAGCCCACAUGGGGCCCUGACUUAGUGAAUGUUGACCCCGCGGAGGAGACAGCAUGGCCGUUGGAAUGCAAAGUAUUAGAAGAAUCGCACAUACCGACCGCCGUAGAAGAAAAUGAAGGAUCAGAAUGCCCGGUCUAUAACACAUGGCUGGGCCAGUCUUGUAAUUACACGGUUUAUAACGGAUUGAGGAUACUGACUGAUCCUUUGUUCAGUGACUAUCUAAUUCAUAAGACAUUGGGUCCUAAAAGGAUCACUCAGAUGCCAUCUCAAAUUACAGAGGUGCCCAAACCAGAUAUCAUCCUUGUAUCCCAUAAUCACCCCGAUCACUUGGACUCAGAAAGCUUGGAAUACUGGAGCGGCGAAGACUCUCCCUUAUGGAUAGUGCCUAAAGGAAUGAAAUCGUAUAUGACAAGUAACGGCUGUGAUAAUGUGCUGGAAUUAUCUUGGUGGGAGACUUUGCAAGUAAAGAAAAACAACGAGAUAUACCAUAUAUCAGCCACCCCUGCCAUGCAUUGGUCUGGGCGAUCGCUCUUAGAUACAAACAAAUCUUUAUGGUGCUCUUUUUUAUUAACUCAUCACGGUAAUCCUAUACUUUUCCAUGCUGGUGACACUGGAUAUGUGAAAGAUUUAUUCGUAAGAAUUAAAGAACGUUUUGGCAAAGGUUGCAAAUUAGCGCUGCUUCCAUGUGGGCAGUAUUGCCCUGAGUGGCACCAAAAACCACGGCAUAUUAAUCCUCAAGAGGUUCUCAAGAUAAUGAAAGAUUUAGAAGCUCGAAAUGUAUUAGGCGUUCAUUGGGGAACCUUUGUUCUAAGCGGAGAAUAUUUCUUAGAACCAAAGGAAAAAUUAGAAAUGCUGGCUGAAUGGGGUGGAUUCAAGGACCGUUGCUACUGUCCCGAAUUAGGCAAGACAGAAUGCUUCAAAUAG